AUGAUCCAACUACGCGACUCGGUCUUCUUCGCGGAGAAUGGCGGACCGAGAACCCCAGAUUACGCAGACGGAGAGCCUCGUCGCGUGUUACCCGAUCAUCGGUACCCAAUCACUUCCUCAAACAGGGUCCCCGGAAUUGCGGAGGUCUAUGUCACAGUGAAAUGCAUGUGGAAGCCUCAUGCAAGAGCGGCAGUCGUUGUCACAUUGCGUGCACAGGGCCAUCAGCCGUAUCUGCUCCACCAUGGCAAUCUCGGGGGAACAUCGGGAUACAUUCACGGUGUCAACCUCAGAGACGAUGAUUUAGGAGAUUACCUAGCAUAUCCAGUCAACGAAGAGAUCGAGGUACCUACACAGGGACUUAAACACCACGAGAUAUUGCCGCACCAGUACUUAUAG